AUGUCCCUGAAGGAGGGAUGGAUGUCUGAGUGUGCUGCCCCCCACGUCUGGCUGCUGCUGGCCCCAUUGAUCUGCUCCCUAGUCCUGGCCGGGGGGUCCACUCCCGGCACCGAGGACCCGCAGGGCGCCGCCGGCACGGCCCUGCCCCAGGACCGGGUCAGCACGCUGAUCCAGCUGCAGCCCGACCUGGAGACCGAAGCCCAGACACCCACAGAGGCGCUGACGGAGGCACCCACGGGAGCAAUGACGGAGGCACCCACAGAGACACCCACAAAGACACCCACAAAGACACCCACGGAAGCAGCCACAGAGGCACCAACUGGGGCACCAACGGAGGCAAUGACGGAGGCACCCACAGAAGCACCCACAGAAGCACCCACGGGUGCAUCCACGGAGUCCCAGACACAGGUGCUGACUGAGGCGCUGACAGAGUCCAAGACAGAAACUCUGACAGAGAUGCAGACUCAGAUCAUCACCAGCAACUACUCAGGUCUGUCCUGCACCCCCGUCCUGCCGCCUCGCCGGGGCUCCUUCUACGUGGAGAACGGCACCGGCGUGUCGGUCGGCAGCGUGCUGGCCUUCUGGUGCAGAGAGGGAUUCCAGCUGGUCGGCAGCGACAAGAUCUACUGCGCCGUCCGCAGUGGGAAAGCCCAGUGGAGCAACUACCUGCCCGUAUGUGAAGCCAUCCCCAGGCCCGAGGACCGCGGACUGAGAGUGGCCGUGUUGGCAUCAGUGGUGAGUGGCAUCGUCAUAUUCGCCAUGUCCCUGUCCUUCCUCAUCUGCUGCCUCCAGGAGCGAUCCAGUCGGGACCGAGCCAAGAAAGAGGGACGGAGCAGACGCAGAGAGAAGCGAGCGGCCCGUCGUAGCGAGGCCUGGCUGGAGAGAGAGGAGGGCGAGUGGGAAGCCUUCCCCCCGCCCAAGAUCUUCCACCUGUCCCAGAGGAUGAACCCCCGUUUGGCCCCUGACAGCCCUCUCUACCUGACAGGAGGCCUCAACGGAUAUGAGAACAGAGGAUACCAGAGGAGUCAGGAGAGCUUGCUGAAGGCCUCUCAUCCCGGACUCUACCGCUCUGAGUCUCAGCUAUACCCACAUGUGGUCCUGCAGCGAGUCCCGACCCCGACCGCGCCCUCCGCCCCCGCGGCUCCCUCCGCCCCUCUCUACCUCCACCUGCCAUCCUCCUCCGCCGCGACCACCUCGGCGGCCCACACCGCCUCCCAGAGCCAGCCCCGGCUGGUGGCCCAGUACCCCACGCCGACGUACCCGCCCAACCCCAACACAGCCGUGCCCACCUACCCCCUCCCGACGCCGGCACCCAUCUACCCCAACCCCAACCCCCAACCGCAGAGGCCCUGGCAGUAGCUCUGUCUUCCGCUGUCCUUAUUUUCAGGGCCCCGCCGUCGCUGUCCCUCCCAGAGGUGCUGAAGCGGGGACGAAAACAUCACAAGCAUGUUGUGGAGACACGUGAAGUUUUUUUUUACUCUUUCUUAUCCUUGUUUUCUCCCACAGAAGUCAGCAAAUACCAUGUUCCAAAGCAGACAUGAAGGACAUGCAGCCAGUAUAGAAGCGCCCCGUUUUACCGCAUGCUUGAAGAACUUUUGCUGCCAUUUGAAAUCUAUAUAACGUAGAUUUCACAGAUGCUUGCUUCUUCUUCUUUUUUUUUCUUUUGUUUUUCUUGCCGAACUGCAACUGCAGGAUUUCCUGCAGAAGAGGAGCUCUUUAGAGGAAACCCUAGUUUCUAUUUACUACCCCAGGAACACUUCCUGGAGUC